AUGGGCAUUGACAUGUCCAAAGCAAAAGAGGUAAAGUUGAAGCUGCUACAUGCAGCUUCAGACACUCCGCAAAGUCUUAGUCUGUCUGUACUGGACACGAAUACGAUGCUGGAGAUUCGCAAGAAAGUCAUGCAGAGGCUUGGUGAGACGAGCCUCAGCCAAUGCAAGCUUGUGAAAAGAUUGGCCACUGGUGGAUUCCAGGGUCUGGCGGAUGAUGAGCGAUUGAACAAGCGACGGGAACUUUUGUUUCUUGGGAGAAAUCUGACAGAGGAUGACAAGCCGCCUGUGUCAGAGAAAAAGGCAAAGCCGGUCGCAGAGGAUGACAAGCUCUCCGCGUCGGAGAAAAAGGCAAAGCCGGUCGCAGAGGUGGCAGCUCCAAAAUCUGCCAGCAAAGUGUCCAACAUCAAGGCAAAACUCAAUCCACCUCCUCGUGCGAGACGUGCGGCUCAGCCACGGGAACUUGAGCUGCAGAUCACCCAUUUGCUUGAAGCCGACCAGCAGCUGCGCAUGGGAGUCUCUAGCGACUUUCUGGUGCGCGAGCUGAAGGAGCUCAUUGUGGCGGAGCUCGGACAUGGGUCACCGUCAAGCAUCAUUCUCAGCUCGAGUGGGGAUGACGCUCUUCGAGAUGAGCUGCCAUUAAGCUCUUACGAGCGACAGAUAGAAGGUGGCUUGCUGAUUGCCGGCAUAGAGCUCAUACCAAAAAAACGAAAGCCGCAGCAAGUCGUCCUGAAGCUUGUGCACGCAGCAAACGCAGGGCAAAGCUUGAGCUUGACACUGGACGACUCAUGUAGCAUCCUGCAACUACGUCAAGAAGCAAUGCACAGGCUAAACGAGAAAGAUUUGAAGAACUGCAAAGUUGUGAAGCGACAUGGCAACGGCUACGCAAGUCUACCGGAUGGUGAAUCGCUGAAUGGAAGAACUGAACUCCUGUUUCUUGGUCGAGAUCUUCCAAGCGCAAGCGGAACCACAAGCAACAGGAAUUCUGACAAGGAGCUUAGCCUGCAAGAACUUUUGAAGCUUUUGGAGGACGUCUAUGAUGCUGUUCGGAAUGAGACCUUCCAGAAGAGCAUAGAAAGGAUGAAGACGGAGAUACGAUCGAACCCAAGCAAGGCGCGUGCCAUGAUCGGUCCCAUCUUUGCAUCGGCUUGCAGUGAGCCGAUGAGAAAGAGACAGCUACCUGUCAGCAAGAAGGGCUUUGACGACCUUUUUGCAAGAAUUUGGGAGCUGCGUGGCAGGCAAGACAUUGUGGAUUCCACUCGAGAGAUCGAAGGUCUUCUCGGGGUGGAAGCAGGUGGAUGGUUUGGCAUCGACGGAAGCAAUUGA